ACGCGAAGAUGUAAAUUUUUCAAUUCCCGUACUCCAAUCUGUCAUUGCUUUUGGAAUACCUUAUCGUCUCCAAGCACAAAAACAGGAAGAGAGAAAGGGAGGAGGAACAUGAACUUUUCUUUCGAUUCCCGUGCUCCAAUCUGUCAUUGCUUUUGGAAUGAUCGUAUAAGAUAGAAAAAGGCCUAUUUUCUAUAAAAAAAUUCUCCAAACCUUCUGAAGGAAGUAGUGAUCGAGGGGACGACGGAGGACAAACACAAAACAUCCGACACGCUCACAUCACAAUGACUGGCCGCGCGGCACGCCCCGCGUGCACCCCACGGCUGCACGGCACCGCGGCGAGCCAAGUUAUCUGUCAGGUUGACGCCGUGGCCCCGCCGCCUCCCCAAUCCCGGGUGCCCGGCAUGCUGUUUCUCCCCAAACCCGGCGGCCAUCCCAUCAAUCCAACAGGCGGGGCCGGUCAGCUUCCGGCUGCCAUUCACGGCGCGCCGCGCCGUCGAAAACCACGCGCCGCCCACCGUCCGCACGCUCGCGGCGGCAGGGGCGCGCCACGCUUAAAAUCUCCCGGGUCCUCUCCCCUUCCCGGCCAUCGCCGCCGUUCGUAGCUGCGCCACGUACACGAUCCCAUCACUUCCACUGCCGCUGUUCAUCAGGGCUGCUGCCCAUCUGAAUCUCAUGGCGUCCAUCGUGCUGCUGCUGUCGGAGCUGCUGGGAGGGGAGAGCGCCAGCGUGCUGGCGGCCGACCGCUACAUCACGGGCGGCGGCCGUCUCGGCCUGGGGGAGUUCCGCCCCACCGUGGCGGAGGCGCCGGCGCCGGCGCCGGCGAAGCGGGGCGCCGCGGCGGAGGGCGCGCCGGGGCAGACGAAGCAGGGGAGGGAGCAGGAGUCGUUCGAGGACCUCGCGGUGCCCAGGAUCGCGGUCGACGUCAUGUGGCCUUAGAGAGCGUCUUUCUGAGCGAGUCAUCUGAGCUUUUUUUUUUGGACACGGGAGACGGAGAUAUCAGUUUCCGCUCAUGUAAAUGUGUAAAAGGAUAUUUAAAAAAAUGUGUAAAGGAUUCCUCAA